GAAGCGGAAGUGGGUCGGACCCGGGUCGGUCCGGGAGUAGUGGGUCUAGGCUAGGGCCUGGAUCGCUUGGCCCGGGCAGCUGAGGACGGGACGAGCGGCGCCACCCUUGAGGCGUGCUGACCGGCACCCAGUCGCCGUCUCCGCCCCUGAAUCCUGCAGCCCUCGGGUCUCCGCUCGGCCCCAGGUCCCACUCCCCCAGCCUCCGGUGUCCGCCCUGGCAGCCCUACGGUUCCUCACCUGCGUCCUCCCUGGAACAGGCAGACACUGCGCCCCCCGGAAGUCGGCGGCGAGCAGCAGCGACCGCGGAGCGACGGCGGGCGGCCCCGGGCAUGUAUGCCCCGGGAGGCGCAGGGCUGCCCGGCGGGCGCCGGCGGAGGAGCCCGGGAGGCAGUGCUCUGCCCAAGCAGCCGGAGCGUAGCCUGGCCUCGGCCCUGCCGGGCGCCUUGUCCAUCACGGCGCUGUGCACUGCCCUCGCCGAGCCUGCCUGGUUGCACAUCCACGGUGGCACCUGUUCCCGCCAGGAGCUGGGGGUCUCCGACGUACUGGGCUAUGUGCAUCCGGACCUGCUUAAAGACUUCUGCAUGAAUCCCCAGACGGUGCUGCUCCUGAGGGUCAUUGCCACCUUCUGCUUCCUGGGCAUCCUGUGUAGCCUCUCCGCAUUCCUCCUAGAUGUCUUUGGGCCCAAACAUCCAGCCCUGAAGAUCACCCGUCGCUAUGCCUUUGCCCACAUCCUCACAGUCCUGCAGUGUGCGACCGUCAUCGGCUUUUCCUACUGGGCUUCCGAACUCAUCCUGGCCCAGCAGCAGCAACAUAAGAAGUACCAUGGUUCCCAGGUGUAUGUCACCUUUGCUGUUAGUUUCUACCUGGUGGCAGGAGCUGGUGGAGCCUCAAUCCUGGCCACAGCAGCCAACCUCCUACGCCACUACCCGACAGAGGAGGAGGAGCAGGCGCUGGAGCUGCUGUCUGAGAUGGAGGAGACCGAGCCCUACCCCUCGGAAUAUGAGGUCAUCAAUCAAUUCCAGCCGCCCCCGGCCUACACACCCUAAUGCCAGCCUAGGCCUUCUUCCUCCCUGCUCCCACUUGGCGGCUCCUCCCACCCAAGGAGCGCCUUCCCCCAGCAGGCCUCACUGGUAGGAUCCUGAGCAUCUUCACCAAACCUUUCCCAGGAGAGAGACUGCCUUUUGGGUUGUUCAUGCAUCCUUGCUCUUGAAACCUGGGGUUCAUGGAUUUUAUAUCAUACACUGUUUCCCCUCUUGCCACCUUCCUGUCCCUGAGGUCACUAGUCAUUACCAACCAGGGAUGGUCAUACAAGUUUUCUCCCUUCAUGGGCCAUAUCUUUCAGACCAGAACUUUCUUUCCUUGGGGAGCUACUGACAGUGGACUGUCUCAGAGAGAGGUGUGUCAACAGGGCCCAAGGGAAAGGGGACUGUGCCAUGCAGGCUUCCUUCAUAAUGGUCAGCGGGUUCCACAGCUGCAGCUGUGGGGUGACCCCACCCCAUUCCUUCUCAGAGUGCCCAGUGGCAGGCCGCCCGCUCUGGAAAUCUCUGCACUUUAGUCUUUGGACUUCCCAUCCUCCGUGUUCUGGUUUGACAGUGAGACGGAAUUGCUGUUGAGAAGCAGAACAAGUCAUCCCCACCCUGCCCUGGCUUAGGUGGCUGGAGCCCAGGCAAGGAGAGCAGCGGGUAUGGGCCUGAGGCCUCCUGGUGCCCAGAAAGGAUCAGAGUGAAGGGGCUGAACCUCUCCAGCCCCUUCACCUUUUAAAAUUGAAUGGUUUUAAAAGGAAAAAACAAAACCAAGCAACAGCAACAAUCAUCUGUUUUUAAACUAGCAACAAGACUUGUCAUUUUAUCGAUGUUUAUCCUAUUCCUUUGGGCUCUGCAGUGUUUUGAGCCACAGCUCCUUCCAGCCCACAGUAGUUUCUCCCUGAACUUCUCCCAGCAGAAUGCAUCCCUCUUCCCUUGCUCCCUCGCUCCCAGGGCCUUCCUGUGGAACCCAGAGCCCCAUCAGCAGAGGGGCUGAGGACUAUGGCCUGGCUGGCUGGCCAGCGUGGUGCUCCUCAGGACUGUGGACUGAGAUGUAACCUGGCCUCCGUGCAGGAACAGAGGUCACAGCAGGGCACUCUCCACAUAGGAAUCACAACCAGUGGCCCCGCUGCGGGAGGUGUAGAUGGCAGACCUGGCUGUGUCCUCAGGCUUAGUGCCUCCCCUAAACUGUGACUUGGGGCAACAGCUUGCUGCAUGCCCUCUCCCCUUCUUGAAUGUCCUCUGGCCUUGCAUUGUGUUACUUGCAGGCUCUUUCUUGCCCAGCCAUCAUUCUGGCUUUCCUGUUUGCCAUGUAUGGCUCUGGGUCUGGCUGAAUUUUCUGCCCUGAGAUCAGCACAAAAGUGGGAGAAAUUCGAGAAACCUUCCGUAUGGAUCCAGAUGGCCAAGCGUCUUUGGAAUCAGUGUUCAUUGCGGAGCUGAAAAGUAGAUGGGUCCCACUCUCCUCUUGCAGGUGACCGAGCAAGGCCAGAGAGUGGACACCGCUGUUGAGUGGUGGCUGGGAAGGAACGUUCUGUGCCUCAUCCUUGGGCCAGACCGCCUGGGGAUGUCUGGACAGACACCGGUGUGGGUGGUGAAGACCAUGUCUGCACAUGAAUGGGUGGCUGCCUGGAGUUCACUGUGAUGCCAAAGUGUGUCCCAUAGUGACUUUCACCCCAGACUCCACCGUGAGCAAGAAAGACUGCGUGUGAUACUGCGCACAAAGCCAAGGAGCUUCAUUGUCUUGUCUUUCUGUCAAGUCCGAGUUUGUCUGGCAGAUAUCUAGGGUGUGGCCAGCUCUUGCUGACCUUGGGUGCUUGGGUAUCUGAGGGGCAGAGCAGGAGACCCGGCACCGGACAUGCAUGCCAAAAUGACCAGUCAUCUCGUGAGGCCUCAGACAUGACCCUGUGGACUGUUCCAUGUAAUUCAGAACCCACUUUUUAUUAACUGUCCACACUUCCGGCCUUUCUCUUCCCCCUGCUAUCCUGACAGUAUCAUAUAAAUCCCCCUGGUUGUGUUUUUUCUUUUUUUCUAGGAAAAAAAAAAUAAAAAGCAAAAACAAAACAAAUGAACCGAAACCACAAGUAAGAAUGUAAA